GGUUCUUUGAAGAGCAAACGGAUACACGUAGAGAAGAGGGAAGUGGUGGGGCUCGUCUCCAUCGGUGAGUGGUUCGUAUUUCCCAGGCAAUUCAAGUCUCAGUUGUCACUGCGACGUUCCACCAGACUCGUGUUCCUUCGGCUAGUUCAUUAUUUAUUGGGAUAAUUAAUUAAUUAGGUAAUCAUUCAUUAAUUAGAGGAAAAAAAAGCGAGUGGUGCAUUGCUUUCAAGGCAACGAUAUAGAUGCUGUUAAAUUAAAGUGCGACCGGAAGUUUUAAAUGCGGGAGGAGAUGCGCGCGCAUCCCGGUGACAGUUUGAAUGGGUUUUCCCAGGUGCAACAGGACAAUGAUUCGCACUCCGGUCAGUGCAACGUCAGGAGUCGGCCUGUUAGCUUCUACGAUAAUUACAAGGACGUGUCAGCAAUGCCACCGUGCGUGACGUCUGCUUCAAGUGUUGGUAACUUGAAUCAGGUGCGAGAGAAUGGGGCCACAACUACUAAAACUCCAGCCAUGUUUCAACAUACGUCGGAUAAUAACAAUCGUGUCAGUGUGGCUUUCAGUGUUGGUAAUGUGUCCAAGAUACAAACUAAUAAUCGAGCAACAGGCGCGGUUUCAACAGGUCAUAUUGCUUGGAUGGAGCCUGAUAAAAGGGACAAGGAUCUCGACAAAGCUCCGACAAUGGCUAAUUGUCUGUCGACGACAGUUCCUGUUAAUCUGGCUUCAUCGCAAAUUGCUGGGAGACAUACACCGACAAGAAGUUCACUGAGACACAGUCGGAUGAUCGUUAUGCAUCGCAAUGGAAAUGCAGUAAAGAAGUCAAGACCGCCUCUACUGAGGCAUCGAAAAUUAGCUAGAACCCUGGCAGCAUUGCAGACUAUUUUGGGUAUUGCUGUGACCUCCUUAUCCCUCUGGUUACUUCUAUGGUCACCAAACUUACCUCUCGGCGACAACCCAUAUUGGAGUGGAAUGCCAUUACUGGUCUCAGGGAGUUUUGGAGUUUGCCUCCUCUUUUGUUUCAAGAGAGAAUAUCCUGGGAUGAGUCCAGGCUUCUGUCUCUCCACCACUAAGGCUAUCAGUAUUUUUUUAUCAAUACUAGCAUCAUUGGCCUGCUUGCUCGCAUGCACUGCUGCAAUUAUUCAUCUCGUUAAGCUGAGUGGCCUUGAGUGUACACCAGCACGAGUGAGAAAUGCAACGUGUGCCUGUCGGCCAAAAAGUAAUAUUGCCAGUGCUGCAGAGCCAGCUCUUAAAUACGUUGAUCUCAACUGUCCUGAGGUCGAGGGUAUUCUCACGAUUUUAUUGAUUCUAUCUGCCUGCUGCAAUGCAUUAGGAGCGAUAAUUGCUAGUUGGUAUUUGUACCUUCACUGGGGCACACGGGACAACAGGCCAAAGUACAUUAAAGUGAGAACAAGUGUUAAUCCUAGUGUUGCACUUGACUCAAGACCAAUUUACAAUCCAAACAUGAAUAAUCGAUGACGCGAUAGACUGAUGAUAUAUUCGAAUGUGGACCAGUAUUUUAGAUAUUAAAGGUGUGAAUGCUGUUGGUGUGAUUUGUACAUUUAAUUAUACAGGAAAUUUGUGUAAUUCAUGACUUUUUUUAUUGUUUGUAAUUGAUGAGGAAUUUUUAUCGGUUUUAGUGACAGAUUUUUCGUAUCGUCAUAACAAAUGCUCAUUAAUCCAAAUCAAACUACUGAAUAAAAACACUUUUUUUUAUCAUAA